GAUCAGUCUCCCAGUGGCCACAUCCUGUGCACUGACUGUCCUGCUGGGUACUGUGGUUUCCUCCAUCUGCACAGCUGGGGCCACAAGGAGAGGCCAUGAUCUUCACCCUCACGGCCCUGCUCUGCCUCGGGCUGAGUGUGGGCCCGAGGACCCCAGUGCAGGCAGGGACCCUCCCCAAACCCACCAUCUGGGCUGAGCCAGGCUCUGUGAUCCUCUGGUGGAGGCCCGUCACCAUCUGGUGUCAGGGGACCCUGGAGGCCCAGGAGUACCGUCUGGAUAAAGAGGGAAGUGUAUCACCCUGGGACAGACAGAGCCCACUGGAGCCCGGGGACAAGGCCAAGUUCUCCAUCACAUACAUGACAGAGCAAUAUGCAGGGCGAUAUCACUGUUACUAUCUCAUCCGCACUGGCUGGUCAGAGCACAGUGACCCCCUGGAGCUGGUGAUGACAGGAGCCUACAACAAACCCUCCCUCUCAGCCCUGCCAAGCCCUGUGGUGACCUCAGGAGGGAACGUGACCCUCCAGUGUGACUCAUGGUGGGGAUCUGACAGAUUCAUUCUGACUAAGGAAGGAGAACACCAGCCCUCCUGGAUCCUGGACUCACAGCCAGACCUUGAUGGGCAAUCCCAGGCCCUGUUCACUGUGGGCCCCAUGACCCCCAACCACAGGUGGAUAUUCAGAUGCUAUGGCUGUAACAGGAACUACCCCCAGGUGUGGUCAAAACCCAGUGAUCCCGUGGAGCUUAUGGUCUCAGGACCCUCUGGGGACCCCACCUCCCCACCCACAGAACACAACUUAAUGGCUGGAGACUCUGAGGACCAACUGCUCCACACAGAGUCAGGCGCCCAGAGUGGUCUCACCUGGUACCUGAAGGUUCUGAUCGGCGUCUUGGUGGCCUUCGUCCUGCUGCUCUCCCUCCUCCUCCUCCUCCUCCUCCCCAUCCGACACCGGCAUCAGGGCAAAGGAAAGAUGUCAGCCCAGAGACGGGCUGAUCUCCAAAUUCCUGCAGGGGCUGCAGACCCACAGCCCAAGGACGGAGGCCUGCAGAUCAGCUCCAGCCCAGCUGUAGACGCCCAGGAAGAGACCCUCUCAGAUGCUGCCGUGAAGGACACACAGCCUGAGGAGGGGGUGCAGCUGCACCAUCAGCAGGGCACUCAUGAUGAAGACAACAAGAGAGUAAAGUAUGCCCAGGCUGCUAUAUCUGAAGCCCCCCAGGACGUGACCUACGCCCAGCUGAACCACUUGACCCUCAGACGGGAGAUGACAUCCCCUUCCUCCCAGUCAGAGGAGCCCCCAGCAGAGCCCAGUGUGUACGCUGCUCUGGCCAUCCACUAGCCCAGGAAGGACCCGGAUGCCACCCUCCAUGGAGGGAGACUGCAGGGACCCCAGAAGACAUAGGAGCUGCCUCCAGAGGACACUCAGCUAAUGACCCCCAGCCAGCCUGGACUCCUAACAUGGACCACCAGGAGCUUCUGGGACUUUUGGGGAGUCACCUGAUUCUGCAAUCAAAGAUAACUGAUAUCCCCACAUUUUGGAAAUAAAGCAACAGACUUCUCAGUAA